AUGGGUGGCGAACGAAAGAUCAAGUCCGUCGCCAUCAUUGGCGCCGGCGCUGCCGGUGCCAUCACCGCCGCCGCGUUCAAGGCCGAGAACUACUUCGAGAGGAUUCAGGUAUUCGAACGGCGAGAGUCCGCUGGCGGAACAUGGAUUUAUGACUCGAACCCGUCGGAGCUUCCUCCACUCCAGCCGGGAAGUCUCCCCCCGGAUGUCGAUCCCGCUGUGGAGAUUCCGGGUGAGCUGCCCCAGGUCAAGCCUCACAAUCAACAGGAGCGAUACUCUCAGACACCAAUUUAUCAUUCUUUGACUACUAAUGUUCCUGAUAUUGCAAUGUCUUUCUCGGACGCAAGAUUCGCCUAUGUCGAAGAUGUCACCAGGGUCACGGCAAAAGACAGACCUGAGCAGUGGAGAUUGACACUAAGAAAGUUCAAUGUUACGCGGAACGUCGAUGUCUGGUGGCAGGAGGUUUUCGAUGCAGUUGUCCUCGCAAAUGGACACUAUUCGGUACCUUACGUGCCUUAUGUCAAGGGCUUAGACGAGUACAUAAAGAAGUUUCCGGGUCGUGUAGUCCACUCUAAGAUCUACCGCUCUCCGGAGCCCUUUGCCGGAAAAAGAAUUGUCACCAUAGGCAAUUCUGCAUCAGGUCACGAUGUCACGGCAGAGUUGGUCCAGAAUGUCCGCACCCCGGUGUUUCAGUCUCGGCGCUCCAAGUCUCGCUGGGAUGGCGACGAGCCGCCGCCAGGAAUCGUAUGGAAGCCCAUCAUCAAAGAGUACCAUCUAGACGGAAGAAUUAUCUUUGAGGACGAUUCAUAUCUUGACGACGUCGACCACGUCAUCUACUGUACGGGAUACAAACCUUCUUAUCCGUUCUGGAAUUCCGAGGUCAACGGCAGAAGGGCUCUGUACGACUACAAGCAAGGCAAGCUCAUCAAGACAUUUCAGCAUACCUUCUUCCAAGAUUUCCAGACUCUUGGGAUUGUGGGUAUGCCGCGGGUAUUGACGUUUCGGAGCUUUGAAUACCAGGCCGUUGCAUUGGCUCGUGUAUUUUCUGGAAGGCAUUCCGUUGCGCUGCCUCCUGUCGAGGAGCAGGAACGCUGGGAAAGAGAACGAGAGGUGUUAGUUAGUAGGGAGAAGAGAAAGUUCCACGAUAUUGAGUGGGAGACGGGUGAGACGUUUGAAUGGCUUAACUGGCUGUUCCGAGUUGCGGGCCUGCCUACGCUCAGGGGUAAUGGUCGGACGCCGCCGGUGCUUUCAGAAGAACUGAUCUGGGCCGUGGAGCAUUUGAGGAAGUAUCCCGAACCGGGAAACCCCAAAGAUGGUGGUGAUUCCCAGAAGAAGGACAAGACAGCUGGUAAAAGAUUCCAAGGAGAUGGCCAUAAACAUAUUGAACAGGGGGAGAAGGAAAACCGGAGUUUAGUGCAAAGACCUAAGAAGGACCUGCUGGGGUUCAUCUAG